CUUUAGGAAGUGUCCUGGCCCAUUUCAUUAGCUACGGUACUCGGAAAAUUUGGACCGCACAAUCCAGUAAAAAAUCUGGUGAAGCUUCCCUCAUACUCAUUUCAUUUUAGUGUACGGAUUCCCAAUUGCACAUUGGAUAUUGGACUCUGUAUUUUAGAUGUAGAGAGAGAGAGAGAGAGCGUGUGGAGAAUCCCGCCGGAUCAGCAGAGAUUUGAUCUCCCGGAGGCAACUUGAAGACAGUCGGACCCUUGCCUACUACAACAUCUAAAAAGGAUUCAAACAAAGUCUACUCUGCAUCUGCUGUUGAGGCUCCGUGGUGGAAUCUCUCUAGGCUUCAGAGCUUUGAACCAUGAGAGGAAGUAAUCAAGAUGUCAUUGAUGCACAUUUUGCUGACAAAACGUAAUAUGACGGUUAAGUGAAUAAUACACAUGUUUACCUUUACAUGUCUAAUGCACGGACUUGCUAAUCCAAAUUUCACUGCUUCAUAUUCUAACAACUUGGCUUAGAGAAUAAUGUGCAAUAAUGUUUAGUAUUUAGUUCAAUAUAACUUCCAUAUUCUGAUAUGAGUUUUUGUUCACUUAAUUAGUUAUUUUCUCUGCAGACCCAUUCUAUUUCAACUCUGCCAUGUUCGUAAGUGUAUUGUGUAAGAGCUCAGUAUGUUUUUCAUUUUAUUAUAAAAUAUAAUUUCAUCAUAUUUAUAUACUGAGCAUAUUCAUAUGAAAGAGGUCAAUUUUAAUACACUGAGUGUUUUUUGAAGCCCGUGCUAAUGAUAAUAUGUUUCUGAACAUGAUCUUCAUGAUCUUUAUGUUGUAUGUUUAUUCCUAUUUGCAGGCUAACAUAGAAAACCAAGUUCUUGAUUUAUAUACAAUUGUUCAUUCUGUUAACUUUAUAUGGUCCACCGUAGCAAAAUGGGGACAGGAAAAGAAGAUGGGCCAUGACAAACCAGGUAACAUUUUUUAUUCGGUGUUUGAUUGAAUAAAUUAAAGAUUUUUUGAGGGUUUUCUAUAAGUAAUCCAGUGUCUUGGAAGCAUGAUACCCUGAAAGUAUGUUUAGAAUUUUAAAUUGGAAGCAUGAUUGAAUUCUUUGUUCUUUUUUCUUAAUUUUUUUCAAUAUUUAAAGCUAAAGCUUUUGUCUAUCGUAUUGUCAAUUUCAAACAAUGUGGAUGAUAUGGUAAUUGUGUUCCCUUUGAUUCAUAAAUGGAUUAAGCAAAUAUAAAUAUAUUUGUUUAAAAAAGGCAACAUUUAAGUUUCAUCAUCUUCACCUUCAAUGUUGCUCAAGUUUCAGUGAGUAUUCCAUGAACGUUGGCUUCUUUUAAGUUUCUAAUUUUGAUAGUUUUUCUUUAAGUAAUGCAAUGCAUUUAUGUUCCAGAUUAUAAUUAAAGAUUUGCGAGUUUUCACUAUAAAUGAAAGUCUAUUCAUAGAGUUGUUCUUUAAUGAUGAUCAUUUUAAGCGAAACUGAAAUUUUUGAGUGUUCUGUAGAUUAGAAAAGCAUGUCAAUGUCAAGUAAUGAGAAAGGUAUGUUUACUCAACUCUAAUGGAUUAAUUUUUAAGUAAACACUCAUUUUUUCAUUAGUUCAUUUUAUUAUUCGUAGGACAUAAAUGGCCAUAACCAUCUCAUGAUUCCUUCAUUGUAUUCGUUUUAAGUUAUUACAAUGCUGUUAACCUUUGGUAAAAAGAUACUAGAAAGGUAUCUUUUUUAGUGACUCAAUGAAGGUGGAAUAACUUAAAGCUUUUUUCAGAAUCAAGUAAUGACAAAGGUAUGUUUACUCAAUUCUAAUGGAUUGGGUUUUUUUAGUAAACACUCAUUAUCUUCGUUAGUUCAUUUUAUUAUUCGUAGUAGUGAGAUUAAUACUCCAUGAAAAGCUUAAAAUGUGGCUUUGUUGUUAAAUGCUCCAUGAAAAGCUUUUCCAACCAACUUUUUAAACACUACUUUGAAGAAAACAUGGUCUUAAUUGUUUAGUAUUUCAUGAAAUAGAGUAGAAAAAAGGUAGGGGUUGAAGUCAUUAUUUUGUUGGAGUUGGUAGAAAAUAUCAAUCUAACCCCCUUUUAAAUACAUACUCAUUUGUAAUAUAUUUUUCCAAGGUAGAGAGGGAUGAAUUGAGUGCACGGUCGCUGUAGUAUGAGAUUAUUACAACACGACCUUUAAAGGUGUUAUAGCUAUUUAUUUUUAAGUUGCUUUGAGAAUUCAUGUGAUCCUCAUUCUCUUAACUCAAUUUAUUAAUAGUCUUCAUGUCUUUCUUUAUCAAAAUAGUAGAAUGCUCCUACUGUCAUAUAAAUUUGGAGCUUUUUUUUACCAAUUGAUAAAAAAUGGGGAUUUCUUAAAACUGCAGUUAUNAUUAAGACGAUGAUGGUUGAUCGUGGGGAUGAGUUCCUUUUUUAAAUUAUUAGUAUGAAUCUUACAUUCAAAUGGUUAGCGCAACUUUCUAUAGCUUUACUUUCAUUUAAUUUUGGAGCAAACGUGUUUCAAAUGCCACAGCCUAUUACAUGUAUUUUUUACUGACUGAAAUUAAUGUCAUUUUUAAAAAUUGUUUGAGAAGAUAGGUUCUACACAUUUGGCUAUUUUUUCAUUUUUUUUCAGUUUGAAUUUUUAUAGUUAUAUUAAUAAAAUGAGUUACCGGGG